UUAUCUAGGGUGCACAGGAAAAUAGCAGUAGGAGCAGGAAUAUUUCCUUCAUCACACACAACCUACAUAAAUAAGUUUCUAUAGAGUGCUUAAACGCUAACAUCAUGUGUACGUGAGUUCUCUACCGUAAAGAGAACGCAGUCCAUCGAACCGAUUCCUAUCCCCUUUUUCCUGAACAAAAAGUUAAAAACCAAUCCGACUGGCAGGAUGUCCUUCCUCGGGCUUCUCAGCUACGUUUCGCUGCUUGUACAAAUUUGCUUCAUGACUGUAUCCAUCGCUGCCGGCCUAUACUACCUAGCGGAAUUGGUAGAAGAGUAUACCGUCAUAGCGAAGAAAAUUAUCAAAUGGAUGGUAGCGUUGACGGCAUCGCUCUACAUAGUUUUCAUUUUCACUGAAACCUUCUCUUGGGCGAUGAUACUCUGCGGGCUCGGAGGACAAAUCUUGCAUGCGUUCAUCUUAACUGACUUCCCCUUUGUGCGGUUUCUAUCGCCGGCAUUCCUCGGAGCUGUGAUAUUGUUGCUAGUGAAUCACUACUUUGCGUUUGUGUACUUCCAACUACAGUUCCAUGCCUUGACUGAGAUGAUGGCGUACUUCACGCUAUGUCUAUGGUUGGUGCCAUUUGCGCUAUUUGUUUCUCUUUCGGCCAACGACAAUGUACUGCCGACCAGCAAUGAACGGACACAUCAGCGAGGUGGAAGCGAUGUGGUCACAAAUUACUUUUCCAGUAGGAAAAAGGCGGGCCUUCUUUCGCUUUUCAGCUACGCGAAGGAGACACUGCUUCCAGAGCGUAAUAAAAAAUCGUUCUAGUUUACUGGACCAUCGCGCCAUGUACGAUACCUCUCCUCUUUCAUGUUGUUUUUAUUUCUAUUUAUUUAUCAAUUGAAAAACCGCGUAGAAAUAAUAAAGAAUAAAAGACAAAAUGAGGAA